AUUCAUACAAAGGCACUAUUAAUUGCCAUUGACCUGUACUUGAGACCUUUAUUUAUUUAUGUUCACGUAAGAGCAAAAAUCAAGGCAUACAGCUUGACUUUUUUCAAGAAUUUCACAACAAGAAUGAAAUAUCUCACAUGCCUUGAAAAUUACCACAGCUGACGUUUGGAAAGCUUAAAAAAAAAAAACCACAAUGGCUUUCUUCCAAAUAAUAAGAUCAUACAUAACGUGCAUGGCUAACAAAAGCCUCAGACAGCACUCAGGUCUCACUCACUGAUGUUUCUUUGAAUGCUCUCCGCAAUCACUGUACUGCUGUUUGUCAGUUCUUCCUGGAUUUGAAACUUCACCUAAACCACCAGGAAGGACGAGAACAAGAAUCUUAGAAAAAUGACUGAAAGUCCUCUACUGAGCAUUCCCUUCUCAAACCAGAGCAACACAACUUUUUGCCCAGACUUGGAUAACUGGUGGGAAAUAGUGUACUACCUAGUACCCAAGUGUAUCGACGCCAUCUGUGUUAUUGGAAUGCUUGGGAAUUUAUUUGUUCUCUUUGUUUACUCACUGUACAAGGGUCCCCUGAAGAUAGCUGAAAUCUACCUUGUGAACCUGGCUGUUGCUGAUCUUAUUUUCCUCACAUGUCUCCCCUUCUGGGCAGAGAAUAUCCGGAAUAAGUAUAACUGGCCAUUUGGAAAUUUUCUUUGUCGAAGUGCCAGCACAUCCAUUCACCUAAACAUGUACACUAGCAUUUACUUGCUAGUAGCAGUCAGUUUGGAUCGCUAUUUGACUUUUGUUCAUACCUUGACACACAGAAGAAUACGUAGCAGUACUACAGCCAAAGGGAUCUGCUUGCUCAUCUGGAUCUUUGGAAUCCUUCUCAGCAUCCCAACCUUUACGUUUCGGACUGUGAAACACUUUCCUGAGUUGAAUGUCUCUGCAUGUGCUUUAGACUUCCCCACCCCAUUGUGGGGAAUGGCUAAUCGUCUGGUAUUCAAUAUAGUGGGGUUUGCAUUGCCAUCAACAGCAAUCGUCUUCCUCAAUUUCUGUAGCAUUCGCUCUCUACAAGAACACACAAGAGAACAAAGAGCACUCAGGACAAAGAGUUUCAAGGACCUCAGAGACACAAAGGCCACAAGGUUGAUCUUCUUAGUGGUACUGAUGUUUCUUCUGUGCUGGACUCCUUACCAUCUUGUUAUAUUCCUUGAUAUAUUAUUCCGAAUGGAAGUGAUACAAGGCUGUUUCUGGGAGUAUUUUCUCAACUUUAGUGAGCAGUUUUGUUCUACUCUGGCUCUCGCCAACAGCUGCAUUAACCCAAUAGUUUAUGUCUUUGCUGGGAAAUAUUUCAGGCAAAAAGCUUUAAAGGUUUUUUCACAGUUUUUCUGCUGUGGAUAUUUUUUGAGCCAAGUAUCAUUCCAAGAAAAAUCUUCAUAUUUCAACUUGUUUCCAGUCAAGAAUAGUUCAACUUCAUGAUUCUAGAUUCCAUCUUAAUUUUGAUAUUUCAACUUAAUUUUAAUUGCAUUAAAAAUGAACAGAAAUUGCACUGUUCUAGCAUUCUCGGACUAAGUUAAUUAUUUAUUAAGUUAAAUCACUUUGCUGCUCAUUUGUCCCUGGGUUUGCUUUUCCUUUUGUGUUACCAUCCAAACAAAUAACGUGCAAUACCAGAAUUUUAUACCAAAUGAUCUAACUCAUUUCAUCAAUUAUCAGAGACUGUAAAGAAAACUUCAAGAAAGUAUCAGAAGUCUAGUUUCUUUACAGAAUGCCAGAAACUGAUUGAACAAUUUAUUAUAUUGUAUCUACGGUAACGGCUAUUAUACCACCAGUAACACUACACAAAGAAAUGUAACUUAUGUUACAGAGCAAAUAUGAGUUUAACUUUGAGCAAUUACAGAACAGAUCCAGUUAUUUUUAUCAGUAUUUUAAAUGGGUUGUAUUUUCAGUAUUGCAUAUAGAAAAUUUGAGGAACUGUUCAUUUGAAAUGCAUUUGUUUCAUAAAUGUUGUAUAUAAAAUGCACCACAAAGGAAAUGUACAUGAAUUGUAAUAAAAAUCCAGUAUCAUCCUCAAAACUGGACCCAGUAAAAUGUUAUGCAACCA